AUGGAUAUCUCUUUCUUGUUCCAGCUCAUCUGCCUUAUAUCUUAUACUCCGAUGUUUGGUUAUUGCUCUCAACCUACCAUUCGCAACCCUAACGAUGUUGACUGGGCCUCAGUUACAGACUCACGUGGCAAUAAAUUUCCAGACUUCAGCUUCUGCGGCUAUCACAACUCAGAUAUACCUAUUCCAGAUAUUAAUCAGCGCGAUGUAAACAUUUCCCUGCCGAGAAUAACAUCAAAUGAUUUCUCGCCAAUGAUCCAAGCGGCAAUUGAUGCUGUCUCUGCAAGCGGUGGAGGCGUUGUCCAACUGCCUUCUGGGAGAAUAAAUAUUACAGCUGGGAUCCAACUUCACUCAAACGUUGUUCUCACGGGCACCGGUAAUCGCGCUACUACCUUAGCCCUGAUCAACCAGCCUUCAAAGCCUGUUUUCAGGCUCGGAACGCCUAGUGAUGCUGCGCUAACUCUAAACGCUAUAUCGAAGAUAACGGAUACUUACAUCCCGGUUGGUUCACGCACAAUUCAUGUUACCAGUACUACACGCUUGAGAGUUGGCCAGGAUGUUUAUGUGUCGCGUAUCGUUACGGAGCCCUGGGUGCGCUACAAUGGAAUGAGUGACUUAUUCCGAUAUGGCCUGCGACAACAAUGGAUCCCUACUGGUAAACGAAUCAUGUCGCCGAACACGAUUCAGGCCAUCAAUGGAAACACAAUUACGCUAAAAAUCCCGAUUACUGAUAACUUGGAUGCUACGUAUAUGGAUCCAGAGCUGAGGGCUUAUACCUUGCCACAACAAAGCACGGAGAUUGGAAUUCAAAACCUUCGCAUUGAGGUCCCCAAUACCUGCUCUGGUAGGCAACUACUUGAUCCGACCUGCAACAACGCUGCAAUUGAGAUUUCGUCCUGGACAAAUGAUUGUUGGGUGAGCAAUCUAAUGCUAGUUGGUUUUAACCGCUUCAUUGAUAUCAAAACCCAUUCUUCCCGAAUUACGAUACAGGAUGUCAUUAUGGAUCGAAAUAAAGAUAUCUUCGGGGUUGCUCUACCUAUUGAUAUUUUUAUACAGGGUCACCAAGUCAUCAUCCAAGACUGCCAUCAAGUUGGGAUCAAUAAAGCAAGGUCAUUCUCUGUUUCUACUGAUUCCCUUACACCAGGGCCAAACGCUAUCCUCAGAUACAACACGAACUCCAGCAUUCAGACACUAGCACCACAUGAACGAUGGUCAUGGGGUCUACUGAUUGAACAAACAACAGCACCGACUAUAAUCGAAAACCGAGGAAACAAGGGGACAGGCCAGGGUUGGACCAUGAAUGCUGCGGUCGGUUGGAAUCUUCGUACAAAUGUUACAUUUCAGACACCUCCACUUGGAAUCAAUUGGUGUGUUGGAUGUGGAAAGAACCAAGGGCCAGUGGGUAAUGCUACCUUUAUACGCUCAGGAAGCCAUGUAAGGCCUAGAAGCCUUUUUCAUGCACAACUCAUUGCACGUGGAGUUGAGUGGUCAAAUAGGGGAUCUGAUGAAUAA